UGUACCUACUGCUUUAAAGGAAGAAGACCAGAAGAAAAGUUAGUUUUGCAUCCAAGAGAACUGGACUGAAAUAAUGAAAAAUAAACAUAUUCUAUACCCUUGAAUUCUGAAACAGAACACAAGGUAAAUAGAGCAACCCAGAGAAUUUCCCAUUCUUUGUCAGUUGACUGGGAAAUUACCAACCUCAAGUGGGGCCUAGUGUUCUCCUGGACUGACAAGGGAUCUCCAGAAUACAGUAAUCAGAUCCCAGAAGGAAAUGGCAGCUUCAGAGGACAGACUCUAUGGCCUCACAUUCCAGCUGAGCUUCCUCCCUUCUCCAAACAUCGCCCUCCUCAGACUUCCCAAGGGAGGGGAAAGGAAUAUGGAAGCAACACUACGAAAAAUCCAACUCCGACAGCAAUAUUGGGUAACGAAAGGUAGUAAAGCCAAGCUGCACCAAGUUGGCGCCAAAUGUGUGGAGACUGUUGCUCACAGCGAGCGCUAUUAUGACACUGCUUUAAAUGAGUUAGCAAUGGCUCAGCUGUGGCUGAGUCAAAGAAAUCAGCAAUGGUACCUUAUAAUAGGGUCUCAGGAGCAAGCAACUACAGAAAAUACUGCCACCGGUGAAUCAAUUUUGGAUACAGGGGAACUUCUGUACCAGAACAGAACAUAUGUUCAAAGUUCCAAAUCUACAGUCUACAAAAAUCCACAAGAAAAGAAACCAACACAAUCAGACCCUUCUGGCAGUCGAAACAAUCAGCAUUAUGAUUUGAAUAAAACACAAAUGUAUAUAAAACCUACUUCCAUACAUACUGAACUUGUAGGAGAGCAUGAGAUAAUUAUGUAUUUGGCAAACUUUCUUCGCAUUGACUUGACAACUGAGGAAGAAAGAAACAUGAGCAUGGGAGACUUCCUGCAGCGGGCUGGUAUUUACCAUUACGCAAGCAAUCUAACUGCCUAUCAGUCCACAUACAAGCUGUGUGACCAGUACACAGUCAUAAUACAAAGAGAGGAAAGUUCUUUGAAAGAAUCUGCAAUUGUACUAUUAGAUGUGGAUAUUUCAUGUAUUUGCAAAGGUUUUGAAGAAAUUGAAAAUUUAGCAAAUUACCUGGAAUUUGAACAGCAAGCUGUCCAAAGUGAAGAGAAUUACUUAUACAGCAAGACAGAGCAAACAAUAUGAGAAUUAACGUUUUCACUUCUGGUAUUGGUUUUUGAAGAAUUAAGGCAUAACUGUCUUUACUUCAAUAAUUUUUGAAGGAAUAAAUAUAGGCUCAGCAUUGUGUGUAAUACAAUCUUGUGCACCUUUAAAAUACAAUAUAAUGGCAAUAGCAGUAGUACAACUAGUGUCAGCAGAGAUCUAUGUAUAGCACCAUUAAUAGUGGCUGAAGAAAGCAAACACUUCCAGAGAGCUCCACUAAAAUGAAUUGCUUAAGAUCUUCUUUUGAAAACUACACAGGUGGCUGCAUGCUAGCUCACAUAAACCCCUCAACAAACCAAAUGUAAUCUUAUUUAACAGUGCUGCACUUACUUUUCAUAAACUGGGAUCUCAACAAUCAUAACUUUUGCUACGUACAACAAAUACACUACCACCUGAAAGAGCCCGUCUAGCAUAUGCACAAAUCAUCCUUUUUUAAAAAUAAAUUUUUAUUCUCAGCAAUCUAAUAAACAUAUGUACAAUAACAAAGCAUAAUUUAACAAUGCAUGUGAUUAACAUUAUUAUACCGGAACAGCAUAAAUAUUACAUUAUUGUGACAUUUUUCUUUCCUUAAGUGUACAUAUUUCUUUAUCAUUGUGAGACUAGAGUAUUCAAAGCUUAAAAAGUGAUAUGGAUCCAUACAAUAUAGUUCUAUUGCAUCAAAGUUCUAAUUUCAAAAAUUUCUGAUAUAAAGUUGUUGCACCUUGUAUAUCGUUAGUGGCAAGGUAGUCUAAGAAAGGCUGCCAUUUUUCUGUAAAAUUUAUCAUUCUUGCAUAAUCUGUUCAGUGUUAUUUUUUAUUUGUUAUUUUUUCCAUUGCUAUAUAUUCCCACACUUCAUUGUACCAUGUAUUUAUAUCAGGUAGAUAGGGAGAUUUCCAACAAGAAGCAAUAGAUGUUUUGGCUGCUAUUAUGAGUGAUGAGAGCAUAUCUUGUCUUAUCUGUGGCAAAGAGUGUUCACGCCAUAAAUCUAAAAAGAUGAGUUCUGGUUUAAAUGAUAUUGUAUAAUUUAUUAUUAAGGCAAUAUGGUGUAGUAUUUGUUUCCAAAAUGAUUCCAUAUAUUUACAUUGCCACCAGCAAUGUGCGAAUGUACCUGUUUUGCCGCAUUUUUUCCAGCAUAACGGUGAAAUCUUUGAGGUUAUUCUAGAUAGCUUUUGUGGAGUGAUAUACCAGCGAUGGAUUAUUUUAUAUGUUUGUAAGUUUGCAUUGACAACUGGGGAGUUAAUUAAUCUUGAUAUCCAGAUUUUCUCCCAUUCUUUUUCUGAUAUUGUUGUAUUGCAAUCUUGCUGCCAUAAAAUCAUUCUUCUUAAAGUAAGUUUUCUGUUAGAAGCUCUAUGGAACAAAACUGUUCAUGCAGUUUUGUUUUGUGAAUAGCAAAGUGCUUGUAAACUACAAGGAGCUACAGCUUAAAACCUACAGAAUAGCGACCAGAUUCACAUGCUGUAAUGUGACCCAUAUGUUUGGAUUUCUCUGUCUCAUUCAAACAAUCAUACUUAGUUACUUACACACCAUAAAUAAUGUGCAACAAUAUUGUGUUUGCCUGUCAGUCCUAUACAGAAGGAAAAACUGGCUUCUAUUUGUUCCAAGGAAAAACUCCAAUGACAUACAAUCUCUAUAGCAAGUCCAUAAUACUUUUUUACUACAAGUUCUGUAGAGCCCAGGCUUGGUUUAGCAUUUCCUUUACUACUUUAAUUGUAAUAAGUUAUAGCUUGCCCUGCUUUACUAUUUGUAAUGUCAUCAGUAUUCACGAUUACCUGGUUCAGAACACAAACUUGUAAACCUUGUACUUGUAUACAUUUCAGUUUGAACAUAAUUUCCUCAAGAGCUCCUUCCUGAACCUGAAUGUAAAAUAAACAUUCAGGCUAACCAGACUGCACUAUAGAUGCAUGCAACUAAGUUCUUCGACAUUAACUUCAGGGCAAAUUGUGUUUUUUAAAUUAGUUUUAAUUUUUUUAAAAAAUGUGUACUGAGUUGCUGUUGCAGAAGGGUGAAAAAAUAAUUCAAGAUGAAAUCUGUUGCUUCAAAGGUUAGAAAGGUUUUCUUUUUAUGACUGGGGGGGGAGUGGAUUUUUAAAUGUUUCCAGUUCUCUAGAGUGCUAUAGCAUUAGUUGCAGUAUGACUGUACUCCAGUGCAGAUUUUUUUAAAAGAAACUAAAUUGAGGAUUAUAUAACA